CCACAAUUUGCAUGCAAAAUUUUCAGCCACAAGUAGCCUGGCCUCCCCUGCCUACACAUAGACAUCAGCUUCUCAUUCAUUUCCAUAUUGCUCUUCACAACCUUCUUCUUACUUGAAAGAUUAUAUCUCAAGAGAGACUAGAGAAUAUUGCAUGGCAAUGGCAGCAAGCUCCAGCACUGUUGUUAGAGCUACUCCUUUCUUGGGUCUCACCAAGGCUACCAAUGCCAACCCUCUGAGAGAUGUUGUCUCCAUGGGCCCUGGAAAAUUCACAAUGGGCAGUGACUUGUGGUAUGGGCCAGACAGAGUGAAGUACUUGGGACCAUUUUCAGCUCAGACUCCAUCAUACUUGACUGGAGAGUUCCCAGGUGAUUAUGGCUGGGACACUGCUGGUUUAUCUGCUGAUCCUGAAGCCUUCGCCAAGAACAGAGCCCUUGAGGUAAUUCACGGGCGAUGGGCUAUGCUUGGAGCAUUCGGAUGCAUCACCCCAGAAGUCCUCGAAAAAUGGGUGAAAGUAGACUUCAAGGAGCCAGUGUGGUUCAAGGCCGGAUCUCAAAUCUUCACCGAAGGUGGUCUAGACUACCUGGGCAACCCAAACCUUGUACAUGCUCAGAGCAUUCUUGCGGUGCUCGGAUUCCAAGUUGUCCUAAUGGGACUCGUAGAGAGUUUCCGCAUCAAUGGCCUUCCAGGGGUUGGAGAGGGCAAUGACCUCUACCCAGGAGGCCAAUACUUCGACCCUCUUGGCCUUGCUGAUGAUCCAGUUACACUUGCAGAACUUAAAGUUAAGGAAAUCAAGAACGGAAGAUUGGCUAUGUUUUCUAUGUUUGGCUUCUUUGUUCAAGCUAUUGUUACCGGAAAAGGACCCCUUGAGAACCUUUUGGAUCACCUGGACAACCCUGUGGCCAACAACGCCUGGGUUUACGCCACUAAGUUUGUCCCCGGAUCAUAGAUAUCUCAUCUCAUUAAUCUAGUGUUUUGUUAUCAAUGGACAAGUGAAAAAUAUUUUGUAAAUUGUUGAAGUCCAUAUGUUGGCAGUUUAUGUACUUUGUUGGAAUUUAUCAAAGCAAUUUGUGUUGUUUUGCUUUA